AUGGCAACUCGCAAAUAUCUCCCAUUCGACAGCCCGCGCAAGGUCGGCUGGGAGAUGGCACGUCUCUUUGAACGCUACUGGGCCUCUAAACCAGAUUACUUUACCUUUGAGUGGCUACAAGACAGCAAUGAAAGGAUCGAGUUUUGCUGCAAGAAUGCCACAGAAGAGGAGGUGGAUUUCACCACAUCUCCUGCUCUCCUGGAAGCCAUACACAGCUGCCAGGAACUCUCUUCUGGAGAGCUUCCCAGUGAUUUCGGCUUCACUGGCUUUACAAAGAUAGCUGUUCAUGAGGUUGGAAGUAAAGUAGAGGUUACUGAAGACCAAGAGUUUAUGGGCCCUCUCUUCUGGAAACUCCGGGUUGGCUUGAUUGUCGAUCAUCAUCGCCGCAUUUACGGGCCUUGUUACUUUGAGCAUCGCCCUGACCACUGGAGCUGCAUAAUGCGCGAUCAAAGUCCGCAUGAUGAGGUCCAAAGCAACUCCAGAAAUUACUCUCUCAAGAGUGAAAUCGUUGCUGUGGCCGCCAUCAUGUACCGCCAGAUGAACGAGAUUAUUCAGUUUGUCGGCAAGGAAGAAGCAUAUGCCAGGCUGAGAUACGAGAGUGGGCCAUUGACUGUCACUGUUGUAACUUUUACUCCUGGCAAAGUACGCGUUGUUCAAGCCAUCUGCAGCCCAUAG